AUGCUGUACAAAAUGAGAAUUUUUUCAGCGAAAGAAUAUGGACUGAUGCGAAUUGUCGAUGAUCCAACAAAAUGUGCUUGGUUGGCAAAUGGACAUUCACUGGAACAUUAUUUGAUACGCCAUCAGGAUACGGUAGAAUACCGUAAAAAAAUUCGCCUACUAAAAGUACGUAUGUUGGAUGGUUCAGUAAAAACGAUACCAAUCGACGAAAGUCAUCCAGUCGGACAACUAAUGGUCGGGGUGUGUACGAAAAUCGGAAUCUCAAACUACGAAGAAUAUAGUUUGGUGAGUGCCUACGAUUGCCUGCAGUAA